CACUUGACUUCCGCCUUCCACAAUGUCCUCCUCGCUGCUGGCGCGCCAGCGGGUGCAGCACCCGCUCAGGGUCGCCCAAAGCUCGGUUCGGUACGCCCGGCCUGCGGGCGCUUCCGGGGACCCGAAGCUCGAGAUCAUACGGCGCGCUCUCUACCCAAGCAACAUCCGCAACAAGCCCUCUCCGACAGGCUCCUGGCGGUCAGACGUGGGCCGUGCGCUGCAACGCGCCAUACCCUCCGUGCAGGCGCACGAGACCAUUGAGCGCGCGUGGAAGUUAUUCCAGCGGCACCAGCGCAAGAAACGCGAGGCGGAGCGAGAACGGAAGUUUGAGUGCAUGCGGAGGGCGAUGCAGACGCUCCACGACCUGGGCGAUACGCGGCUCUACAUCGAGGCGAAUCGGCAGGAGGACCCGCGACAGCGGAGCGAGGAGGAAAUCGAGGCGUACGAGACGCUCAAGGGCACGCAGCGGCGGGCGGUGGAGGCGCGGAUACGUGGCCUGUUCCCGAGGGAGAUACGGAUACCGACAGACACGCCGUCGCCUGCCGGGUGGAACUACGACUUCAAGCCCGCGGUUCCAUCCAAGUAUGCAUCCGCAGCUUCCUCAUGAUCGGAUAUUACUCUGCGUUUCUUUCCUCCGUCGUGGACGGAAUACUAUCGCUGGACAUCGUUGCUGUCUCACCGUUCGAUCUCCAUGGCUGUAGACGAAUGCAGUCUCGACCGUUGCAUUGACUCUCCUAUGGAGGAAGUGCGUGUUUACAUUCUCGGACCUCCGAAGACUUGCCGUUGCUGCGUUAAAGCUGCUGCAUCUCCGUCAACCAAUCACCGCACAAGUGUGCUUGUGACGUAAUUCAAAUCGUUUAGAGUCAACCUCUUGCUUUGAUUGAGAAGGCGUUCCGAGUUGGGAAUAUAUGCAGAAUCGAUUGGACGUUGCCUGUUC